UAGAUUGAUGAUUGAAGUAGUUAAAAAAGUCUUUAAACCAGACAAAGCACAGAUAUUGUGUUAUUCAACAGAUGUGCACAAAUAUACACAUUUAAUCAGGCAGUACCGUAAUGCAGCAGCUGUGUCGCGGUUCAGUUUGGAUUUUGAAAGGCAGAAAAUGAUCUUUAGUUAAUAAAUCAGUUUAUUUAUAAUUUACAGCUUUACAAAUUAUUGCAUAUAAUCGUGCAUUGGUUGAUGUAGGUGUAAACAUGGAGCUCUGCGGGUUACACUCCUUCAGUAACGGACACACACAUGUGCAGGAAUGGCAUAAUGAAGCAUCUACAGGAUAUUUACCCCAAAAACGCAAAAGAUCUGAUGUUCCCAUCAUGACUGGAGACAGAAGUGACCGUGGAGCUGUUUAUCCUACUAAAGAAACAGCCGGACAUCACAGUAGUUUCGUGCGGAUCGAUGGUCAGAAAGGUGUGUAUUACUCCGAGAGCUGGGAGCCGAACGGGAGCACCCUGUACCUUCCUGUACGCGGCACCGUGCUCGCCAACAUGCAGAAGUACGAACAGAUCAGCUUUGAGCAAGGCUGCUUCUGCAUCGGGGACGAGUCGGGAGGCUUCCUGCAGAGAGUGCAAGGUCAGGCUCUUCACUGCUGGAGAUACCACAAAGAGGACAGGAAGCUCUUCAUUGCUCUGUCCUACUUCUUCACAAACUGUGACGUCUUUCAGGAGGUGCUGAGCCAUCUCGAGUGUUUGUAAAGAGGAUAUAUACACACACACAUACAAAUACACACAUAAACACACACACACGUCUCCAUGUUAUUUCUGGCCGCUUUAAACGUUGAACCAAAUCACAUUUGGUGUUUAUCCGCUUCUGACCUCUUGGUUGUUUUAAGAGAAGUUAGUGUUUUAUAAACUGAAUAAAAGUGUGUGUGUAAAACCUGGAGACGGAGCACAGAAGCUUGUAUACCAGGGGGUAUCUUCGGCAUCUUCUACUGCUGCAGGUUCUGCACCUUAUAUCUGAGAAAACCUUACCUUAUAUCUGAGAAAAACUCGAAUGAAUCGUAAACUUGUGUUUAUAAUCUGUUGAUUUUUUUCUUCUGUAUUAUUUUCAGCCAUCAUUUUUACCUGUGUAUUUUUUAAUAAAAAUUG